AUCAAUAAAGUAGUAAACUUUGCCUGUGUUAAGUCUUUGGACUCUACUUUUGAGUAGAUCUACAAGUAUUGAAGCUCGCUAUUUUUAAUUCAUUCGACCGAAUGUUCGAAAAUUCGAACCUUAGUUUAAAGAUAUUCCCUGAGUAUUCCAGGUUUUACCCUGUUAAAUGAAAUUCCCUGAGAAUUCCCGGUUUUCCAGGUUUUUACAGGUAGUAGACACCCUGAAGGAUGAACUAGCCUUAGACAAGAAAAAAAGACACAUAAGCUACAAAUCAAUACAUUAUAGAUAGAAAUAUCACAGACAUGAAAAGGGACACCAUGUGAUUGUCCAUCGUUUUCACGUCAUACUCAGCGCCAAAUUUAUCGAAGAUAACAUUAAUCUGGCGAUUAGCGUGGGACUACGUGUUAUGAAAUGAAGUCUGCUGAAUUAUUCGUUAACUAACACAGCAAACGUCUACCGGUUGCAUCUCGUGGCCGACCUUGCUUCUUAUCUUAAUCGAUCUCAAAGCCUAAAUUGUCGAAUAAAACAAAUUCAAUUCACGAGCAAUAGCGAAGCUCAUUAAUCAAUAAUAAUCGAAAACAUUCUUCAUGAUUUGGAUGUAGCCCCAGCUGUUGGUCGGUUAAUCCAGAUCUUACCAUGCGUUCGCAGUUCGAUAAAACAAGAAACACUACGAUAAAAACCUCAACCCUCAAAGUCGUACUGUUCAGUUUAACCGGUACCGUUGUUCAGGACGCAAGUUGCCUGGUAAGUCGAGAGUCGUGGUGAAAAUGGCCAAGUCUACCUACUGCAUCAUCGGAGCUGGAUUGGCAGGAAUCAACGCCGCUAGACAUGCCCGGGAAGCGGGCGGUGAAGUGACGGUGUUCGAGCAGACCAGCAAAGUGGGCGGAACAUGGGUUUACACCGAUGAAAUCGGAAAGGACAGACACGGUUUGGACAUUCAUACCAGCAUGUACCAGGGGCUGAAGACGAACAUUCCGAAGGAGAUCAUGGGAUUCCCGGAUUUCCCCAUCGGAGAGCAGGAGGAGUCUUAUGUAACGUCGCAGGAUGUGCUGAAGUUUAUCGAGAAUUUUACGGAACAGUUCGAGCUGCAUAAGCACGUCAAGUUUGAGCAUCAUGUGAUCCGGGUGACUCGGAAGUUGGAUUGUGAAAAAUGGGAGGUGCUAGUGAAAGAUCUUCAAGCCAAUAGUUAUGACUCGUAUCUGUUUGACUACAUUCUCGUGUGCAAUGGACACUUCUUCAGUCCAUUCAUACCGAAGAUCCCUGGUCAUGAAACGUUCAAAGGUCGCCAGAUGCAUAGCCAUGACUAUCGGAGUCCGGCGCCUUUUGCCGGUAAAAACGUGGUAGUAGUUGGAGGAAGCCACAGUGGUAUGGAUGUAGCGAUUGCUUCGGCUUCAAUAGCCAAGCAGCUUGCACUGAGUCAUCGGUGUCCGGAACGGUUGAACAUUUUCUACGAUGAAGUUGUGCAGAAACCGGAAAUUGCAAGGAUCUACGAAAACGAAGUUGAGUUUGUCGACGGUACUAGGCAGAUUUGCGACGUUCUUGUAUACUGUACCGGAUACAGAACCAGCUUCCCGUUCCUCAGCGUGGAUUGUGGAAUUACGGUGGAAGAGAAUCACGUGCAGCCGCUGUACAAACACUGCAUCAAUAUUAGACAUCCUUCGAUGUCAGUGAUUGGAUUGCCAUUCAGUGUAUGUUUCACCCUGAUGGUGGAUUUGCAGAUAAGAUUUUGUAUCAAAUUUUUCAGUGGAGGCAAAAGACUACCAUCGGAAGCGGAAAUGACUGCAGAUACCAAGGCGGAUGAGGAAGAACGUACCCGGAGAGGAUUUCUGAAGCGCCAAGCGCACAUGCUUUCCGGAGACCUUCAGCAACGCUAUUACGAUGAUCUGGCUCGGAUAGCUGAUAUUGAGCCAUUGAAACCUGUAUUGACGAAGCUGUACACGGUUUGUGUACGGGAAAAGAAGCUGGAUAUUAUGAACUACAGGAACAAUGUCUAUCGCAUCAUAGAUGACGAGAAUUUUAUAAAAGUCAAUUAGGUGAAAGAAUGGUAAUAAAUGAAUGAUGAGGAUGUGA